AAGGCUGAGCGAGGAGCGUCAGUCCUGCAAGGAGAUGACAGACGCGCUUUUACAACACUAGCAUCGUGUACUACACCGAGGGAAACCACAGAACCGGAGGGGAAGCACAACUAGUCACUUCUAGUCAGACGGUUGGGUAUCGUUUUUCGACGGGUAUUCACCAGUGGAUAAACGGUUAUGACAAAGUAUAUUAUUAUGCCUCGUGGCUUGUUUGUACUACUGUAUGUCAGUAUUGUAAAAACAAUAAUUUGAUGAAUUUUCAGCAUUUACGCACACAAAACGAUCUCUCGCCAAUGCUUUACCUUGACGAACACGGAGAACUGCUAACAGGCUGAGGUGGUUUGAAUUUCUUUUGAUGGUGAUUUGAUCUUCACUUCUAUAAAUUUAUAUUUUAAUACCGACUCAUUGAUUUGUAUGGAAGAAGAACGAGAAGAUUGACUCCCGAGGCUUCAAAGGCUGUGGUGCUACCUCAUACCUGAGAACACUCUAUUAAUCUUUUUCCCACCAUCACCUGCCGUUUGGACCCUACGGAUCUGUUCGCUGACGACUUGUACCGAGGAGGGAAGGAGAGGCGCCGUUAUUUGAAAAUUUCCGUCAACACAACCACGCUAGGAACUUCAAGCAGAUAGAGAACCAAAUCCCGUCAUAAGAAGAAAACAACCCUUUUAAAAGAGAGAGAGAACGAGAAGAAAUUAAACAAUCAAACGAAAAAGGCAGAGUACCACAGUAGAUUUGUGGGAGCAAGUCCAAAGACGAUGGUUCACUGUGCUGGGUGCGAGAGGCCUAUAUUGGACAGAUUUCUACUCAAUGUUCUGGACAGAGCAUGGCACGUCAAAUGUGUACAGUGCUGUGAGUGCAAAUGUAAUUUAACGGAGAAAUGUUUUUCUCGGGAGGGAAAACUAUAUUGUAAAAACGACUUCUUUAGGCGAUUCGGUACUAAAUGCGCAGGUUGCGCUCAGGGGAUCUCGCCGAACGACCUGGUGCGGAGAGCGAGGAGCAAAGUGUUUCACUUGAACUGCUUCACUUGCAUGAUGUGCAACAAACAGCUCUCUACCGGGGAGGAACUCUACAUCAUAGACGAGAACAAAUUUGUUUGUAAGGAAGAUUACCUGGGCAACGGUAACGUGAAGGACGCGAACCUCCUCUCAGUUACGGCGUGCAGUGACCCCAGUUUGUCUCCAGAUUCUCAAGAUCACUUGCAAGACGACGUUAAAGACUCGGAAAUUGCGAAUCUGUCUGACAAAGAAAUAGUAAACAAUGAAAAUGACGACCAAAAUCUGGGCGGUAAACGACGCGGGCCGCGAACCACCAUUAAAGCCAAGCAACUGGAGACUCUAAAGGCGGCGUUCGCGGCCACCCCGAAGCCCACGAGACACAUCAGGGAGCAGCUAGCACAGGAGACGGGGCUCAACAUGCGAGUGAUUCAGGUAUGGUUCCAGAACCGGCGAUCCAAAGAGCGGCGUAUGAAGCAGCUGAGUGCUCUUGGAGCCAGGAGACAUGCAUUCUUCCGAAGCCCGAGGCGGAUGAGGACGCUGGUGGACAGACUGGAACCCGGAGAGCUUCUUCCGAACGGCCCCUUCUCUUACUACGGAGAUUAUCAAAGCGAAUACUACGGUCCUGGUGGCAACUACGACUUCUUCCCCCAGGGACCCCCAUCCUCACAGGCUCAGACCCCCGUGGAUCUACCCUUCGUACCAUCCUCUGGCCCCACUGGCACCCCUCUUGGGGGCAUGGACCAUCCCCUCCCGGGACACCACCCAUCCAGUGAGGUCCAGCGCUUCUCUGACAUCAUGUCCCAUCACCCCGGCGACUCGCCCAGCCCCGAGCCCGGCAUCCCGGGGCCCCUGCACAGCAUCUCCUCCGAGGUGUUUGGGCCGAGCCCACCUUUUACCUCACUCUCUCUGAACGGCAGCGGAUACAACAACCACUUGUCACACCCGCCCUCGGAAAUGAACGAAGCCACAGUCUGGUAGCGAGAAAGAAAGAAAGGACAAGCCAGGAGGGAGGGAGAAAGGAGAGCGGAGUGGGGGGGGGCCUGUGCGAGACUUGGGGGGUGGUGGUAGGGGCUUGGACGUUGAUCAAUUUUUGUCAUUCUUAUUUAUUUUUUCAAUUUCCUUUGUCCAUAUGAUUUUGUAAGGAAAGGAGCGUACAGAAAACGGCAGCACCACUGGACUGAGAGGUUGUAAACAUAUAUCUUGAUAUUUUGUUGAUGUUCGGUUGUUUUUUUGUAACAAUUUAAGAACAAAACCACGUAAAAGACUGGGUGUGACUGUUUACCUGUGUUUAUGCUCUCUGUAUGCUGUGGGCAUGACGACUCCGUCAUGAGGUCCGACACAGCAGAGCCCCGCCAGAAAUAUCCACUGCACCACCUGGGAAAAAAAAGAACCAUUUUAAAUUAUACCAUUUUUGGAACGCAAAAGCAUCGCUAACUACUGUCAAAGACUAAAUGGCUACAUAUAAAAGGCCUAGAACAGUAGGUUUUGUGGCCAGUGAUAUUGACUCUAGAACAGCUGAAAUGAGUCAGCCUUGUGUAUUCUUGGCGCUAGAUGUGCCCCUGAUAUCUAUCUUAAUGCUCCUCAGACCUCUUUGCCGUUCAAGGCUCCGCCAUAUUGACACUUAAACACCUUUUUGAUGCUAAACAUGUUUCUGAAGGGCAAGGGAUUUAUUUUUUUUCCUAUCUUGGACUUUCUGUUUCAUUCUUUCAAGAAAUCCACCAAAUCCCAAGAAGUUUGCCUUCAAAAGGUAAACGUUAAAAAGUUAUAUGGAUUGUAAACCCUUUAUUUAAUGGAAGAGAACUUGAAAUGUUGCUAAAUGAAGUCUACCUUCUAAAAGUCUUUUAACGGGGGUCUGAAAGGGACUUAGAACAGUCAACUGUUUACGUAAUAUAUUUAAUUCAGGAGUUAAAAGUAUUAACCAUGUUUUAGAACCUCUUGAUCCAGAUGAAAAAAAAUGUUCCAAGCAACCAACCAAACUUUUGUAUUGAUUUUAUUUAUAUUGUAUGAAAAAAAAACAAGUUUGCUGGGGUUGUGGUUCACUGUGCUAGUUUGUAUAAGAUUGUUGUUUACAAAAAAAAAUUUAAAGAAAAAAAAACACAAGUAAGUAGACAGUUGCCAAAUAAAGGCAUAGCACAAAUACUGUAUAAGUGCUUUGCACCAUCAACUGCAAACCGUGUUGAAACAAGUGUCAGUGUUUAAAAAAAAGUAAAGAAGUAUUUACUUCUUGAUUUUCUAGUCUGCUGAAAAAAAAACAUUCAUAAAAUUGUUAAUAUAAUAACAUACUUAGACCAACAGGUUUUAUUUUUGUGUCUUUAAAAGAAAAUCCAAAAUAUUAAAAUUGAUGGUCGAAUAUGCAGCCCGACGCUGCUACUUUCUUUAAAUAUUAAGCCCCUCAUGGUAUGUCUUUAAUUGUUCUAAUAAACCUAAGCUUAUGUGCCAUUCAGUGCAUAUUAGACCAUUCACUGUAUAAAUACAACAUGUUGAAAGAUUUGUGAGUUUUUAAUAAAACUAGAAAAUAUAAACGUC